UGCGCCCGGAAGAAAUAAACGACGUACCAACUUUACAGAAAAUUCCACUGAGAGUGACCCCGAGGAAUAGCUUCAAAUGUGAAGUUUUCACACAGAAGCGGAGAUGCUGUCUGUUGCUUUAAGAAGUAGCGCCAUUGCGUCACAGGGGGUUUUCCUUUGGGCACGUGGUUCUCAAAGAUGUUGGACAUCAGCCCUGGAGGGAGCCUCAGUCUCGUCCAGCUCCUUACUGAAUGAUUCUGGACAAGUAAAACCUUCUUUUAAUGGACUCUGCCAAAAGCAUCAUAGUAACUUUAUGUUCUCUUCAAUGAGAAAUCAAUAUUUCCACUCCUCCUCUGUGAGGCUGAAGAAACGAGCACAGCCUGAACCUCCUCCAAGAGAGCUAGACCUGGUGCGGUAUGACAUGAAGCACCUGUGGAAAGGUCCUAAACCAGCUCUUUAUCUGGGCUUCGCUGGGCUGAUCCCCUUCAUCUCUCCAACUCUGCUCAUGGCUGUAACUGAGACCUAUUACCCAGAGCUGGCCUACGGGCAGGUAGCCUACGGCGCUUCCAUCCUCUCCUUCCUGGGCGGAGCGCGGUGGGGGUUUGCCCUACCCGAAAGCAGCCCAGCCAAACCUGACUGGAUAAACCUGGCCAACAGUGUGGUUCCCUCGCUGUUAGCCUGGGUGGCCAUGCUGAUGACUGACAACAUUGUUCCUGCAGCAACUAUGGUCAUCAUGGGACUUGGAGUUUCUCUGCACUAUGACUUGUCUCUGCUCCCUACCUAUCCCAGCUGGUUCAAGGCUUUGCGCACCGUCCUGACUGUCGUGGCAUUUUUUUCUCUGCUUGGCACUCUCUUAAUGAAUGGUCUCUUUCCUGAGAGGAGUUUAUUCUGAGGAUUAUUGUUUAUUAAGCAUAAACUAAACUGUAUGCUGAAUUGUGUAUGGUUAUGUUUUGGAUUUUAUUCCUCUGUUUAUUUCUGCAGAUGAAAAAUAC